GGUCGUCGAGAUUGUGGAUUAGUGGAAUUAUUGUGUUUUAUCAUUAUUUUUCGUGGAGUUCUCUACGACACGAUGAAUCUAAAACUACAUGUUGCUACUAAGAUGGCGGCACAGCUAUUUCAUUUCGAGCCUUGAAUUCAUUGUCCAGUGUUAGCUCCUAUAAAUUUGUAAAAAGUUCCGGUGAAUCCCAUUCAGAAUGCCUCCAGAUAAUAAAAAGGCGAAAGCCAAGAAUAUUAUUCCUUCCUUCAUCAACCAAGGAGGCACUACAACUGUUCUCACGGUGAAUGGAGAAGAAGAGCAAGAUGGCAAUGCGGGUGUUACUUACUUCGUCGAUGAGGAAGGUCGUUACUACUAUCAACCAUCUGGAGAAAACCAGAAUUUGGUGUCAUUGGCCGGCACUGUCUCUGAGGACAAUGUGAGUCUCCAAGAGGCGUUGCCUGAAGAAGACCCGAUGAUGGUGGAAGGUGACCGCUACCAGACUGUCACUCUGGUCCCCUCAGAAAGUAGCACGGGGGAAGUCAGUUAUGUUCUUGUUGUGCAAGAUCAAGUUGGCAAAGUGGAGCAAGAGGAGAAAAGCACGGAUGACGUGUACCAGUUCGAGGAAGAGGAGGAACGACAGGUGGAGCAGGAGGAGGAGGAGGAGGACAAGAAACCCAAACCGGCGGCCACAAAGAAGAACAACCGCCAAUAUUUACGGCCCCACUUUACAUGCAGCUUCUGUUCCUACACUAGUCAUAGGAGGUACCUCCUCCUUCGCCACAUGAAGACGCACUCUGAAGACCGCCCUCAUAAAUGCAGUGUGUGCGAACGCGGCUUCAAGACGCUCGCGUCGCUACAAAAUCACGUGAAUAUGCACAACGGUGUCAAGCCUCACAUUUGCAAGUACUGCAAGAGUCCUUUCACAACUUCCGGCGAGUUGGUGCGGCACGUGCGGUACAAACACACGCACGAGAAGCCACACAAGUGUACAGAGUGCGACUAUGCCUCAGUGGAACUGUCCAAGCUGAGGAGACAUGUCCGCUGUCACACAGGCGAGCGACCGUAUCAGUGUCCACACUGCACGUACGCGUCGCCAGACAUGUUCAAGCUGAAGCGACACCUGCGCACGCACACGGGCGAAAAGCCAUACAAAUGCGACCACUGCAACAUGUGCUUCACGCAGUCCAACUCACUCAAAGCGCAUAAACUCAUACACAACGUGGCGGAGAAGCCGGUGUUCGCGUGCGAACUGUGCCCGGCGAAGUGCGGCCGCAAGACCGACCUCCGCAUCCACGUGCAGAAGCUGCACACCUCGGACAAGCCUCUCAAGUGCAAGCGUUGCGGCAAGUCCUUCCCGGACAGAUACUCCUGCAAGGUCCACAAUAAGACGCAUGAGGGCGAGAAGUGUUACAAAUGCGAGUUGUGUCCGUACGCGUCGACGACGCUGCGGCACCUCAAGUCGCACAUGCUCAAACAUACGGACGAGAAGCCCUUUGUGUGCGACCAGUGCGACCAGUCCUUUAGACAAAAGCAGCUUCUUCGAAGACACCAGAAUCUGUACCAUAAUCCGGACUACGUGCCCAAACCGCCCAAGGAGAAGACGCACACGUGCCACGAGUGCAAGCGCACCUUCGCACACAAAGGCAAUCUGAUCCGACACCUGGCGGUGCACGACCCGGAGUCCAGCCACCAGGACCACACCAUGGCGCUCAAGAUCGGCCGCCAGACCAACUUCCUAGAAGGCACCGAAAUACAAGUCGAGCCUGCGAAAGAGGAAGUGUAUUACCCGGCGUCGUCAGAAGCGGAACCGGAAGAGUCAGAAAACGAAGAGGACCAAUCGGAUAUGGUGAAGCUGGGUCUGAAGGAGCUGAAGCGCGGCGAGCUGGUGACGGUGGCGAACGGGGACGGGGAGCAGUACGUGUUCCUGGAGGUGAUCCAGCUCGAGGACGGCACUGAGCAGCAGGUCGCUGUCGUCGCACCAGACUACAUAGACGAGGAGCCAGAAGAAGAAGCAGAAGAAGAAGAAGAGGAGGAGGAACACGAGGUCAAAGACGUUAAGAUAGUGGCGCCGCGGCCGCCCGACCGCAACAUCAAGCUGGAGAAAGAGGUGGACACCUGCUUCGGCUUUGAUGAGGAUGAAGAACAGGAUGAAGAAUACAAUGAAAAAAUUGUGCUUCGUUUGGGAUAAACGCAGCACGCAGCAGGCAAACAACGCUUUGGACCCAAGUUUGGCAACACCGGAGAGACUUAUCCUUCGACAAAAUAUCAAAGGGUUGAAAAAUAAAAUGAAGACAUGGUCUUUAUUAAUUCAAUUUGAUGCUCGUAGAGUGGAUACAAAAUAAAAA